UUAAUCUUAUAUUAUAACAUUGAUUGCACAGGUUGUUAAAGCUUAAAUAACUUAGUAGGUCCUUAGUUAACUUGUAUAAGUUAGAUUUCUACAAUUCCAAAGUAUCGAAGAUCUCCGAGCACCUUAUAGAAACCUUUUCCUAAAAAUUUUAGACUACAAUCAUAACAAAGCGUAAACAAUGUAUCUGUGAUAGGAACUCCACUAUAAACCCUACCAAAGUAGAGUCAGUACCUACCAAAGUAGAGUCAACUCUACCAAAAAAUAAAUACCUACGCUCCCUACCUUUUCUAUUUUCCUCGAAAAGAAAUAACUAAAUCGUAACAUAACGGCAAAGUCAUACGUCGGUCGCGUGACGCAAGCAGAUCACAUUCGAGAUCAAUUUAUUCAUGCAUACAAGAAAAAUGUUAUUGAGUACAGUUUGCUGUGCGGUGUAAACGCUUGUCGCGUUUCAGCUUAUUUCGUUAAAAAAAGCGUACGAGGUUGCUGCACAGCGGAAUGGAAGAACGCACAGUCGUAAUGGCGAACACAACUUUAAAAUGCUUUUUUACUUGGGUAUGGAUAGUUUUGGAUAAAAUAAUAGAUUUAAUAUUCGGCCUAUAUUGGGAAAGCAAGAAACAAUUUAUAGCAGACCUGAGUAAGAAACAUGCUUUCCUGGCUGAAAGUGCAGUUUCCCUGGCGAAGAAGAUAAAAGAAAAACAGUUGAAGUCGGAAGACCUAGUCAAAGCCGUCAUUGAAAGGAUAAAGGAGGUGAACCCCAUAAUAAACGCUGUAACGGAAGACCGUUUUGAAGCAGCUAUAGCCGACGCCCGGGAGGUGGACAAACUUAUAACGUCAGGUCUUUCCGAGGAAGAAGCAGCUAAGAAACCGUUUUUGGGAGUCCCAUUCACAACCAAGGAGAGCCAGUCUGUGAAAGGGUACCGCUACACUUUGGGCUUAUGGUGGCGACGAGAGCUCCGGGCAGACGAGGACAGCGAGUCCGUAGCCUUACUCAAGGCUGCCGGGGCUAUUCUGGUGGCUCUUACUAAUGUACCAGAAUUAUUGGUUUGGCCUGAGACCCGUAACCCCGUAUACGGAAUGACAAACAACCCACACCACACUGGCCGAUCCCCCGGAGGAUCUAGCGGUGCUGAGGCAGCCCUUACAGCGUGCUACGCUACUCCAAUUAGUUUGUGUUCGGACGUGGGAGGUUCAAUUCGUAUGCCAGCUUUCUACUGUGGCAUGUUCGGACACCACAAUACACCAGGGACCACUAGCAUUAGAGGAGUGAUAUUCCACAAAGGCGACGAAGAAUCUAUGAUUAGUCUUGGUUUCAUCACAAAGCAUGUGGAGGAUUUGGCUCCGUUGAACAAAGUUAUCGCUGGAAAUAAAGCACCUCUUUUAAAAUUAGAUCGUAAAGUUGAUAUCAAGGAUAUACAGUUUUACUAUAUGGAAAAAUCCAAAGACUACCGAGUCACUCCAAUCAAGCCGGAGCUUAGAAGUGCUAUGGCCAAUGCUGUGGCAAAGAUAAGUGAGGAAGUAUCGCUAAAAAACAGUCCUCAACCAUAUUACCAUAAGGGUUUCGAUCAUAUGUACCAGCUGUGGACAUACUGGAUGAGCCAGGAGCCCCACAAUUUCGCUGGCUUAUUAAACAAUAGCAAGACCGACGCCAUCUGGAUCGUAGAGUUGCUGAGAAAGAUACUCGGACUAAGCAAACACGGUUGGUCGGCUAUCAUUUGGUUGUUGCAUGUUCAGUUAAUGCCGUUAUUCCCCAACUGGGCCGAAAAACUUACUAAAGAAUGGAAGGAAGAUCUUCUGAAUAAACUGGGCGACAACGGAGUUCUGCUACUCCCGAGCGCGCCGCAAACGGCCCCGUACCACUACUCUUGUUUUCUGCAACCCUUCAACUUCUCCUACUGGGCGGCUGUCAACGUCCUGAAGUGUCCUGCUACUCAGGUGCCUAUGGGCGUAAAUAGCCAGGGUCUCCCUAUCGGUAUCCAAGUGAUGGCAACGCCGUACAACGACGCGCUAUGUUUGACGGUCGCGAAGUAUUUGGAAAAACAGUUUGGAGGAGCAGUUAUGGCUUGUAAAACGUAAUAACCGUAUGAAUGACUACUGAAAUAGGAACUGUGGCGGCUAUCUUCAGAUAAAACGUGCAGUAUUAAAGUUAAGGUUUUCUGACCGUUUAGUCUUGCGUACUCGGACGCGACCUCAAGUAUGGAGUCGCGCGCUACAUCGCAAGUCAUGCUAAGCGGUCCGAUCUACAUGGUAUAAUGAUACAAGGAUAUGCCGAUUUAGAUCGCGCUGUCAUACUUAUUUUUCUAAGUCAGUUUCGGGUAAGGGCGGAUUCGCACUUCGUCCGAUCCGAAUCCGUGAAAAUAUGGUCCGUAGUAGCCGUAGAACUAUUUAUGGUAAGUUACGCACUAGACUAGAUCCGAAAGAAAUCGGAUGACGGAGAUCGGAUCUAGUGCGUAACUUACCAUAGAAAUAGUUCUAAGGCUAGUACGGACCAUAUGUUCACGGGUUCGGAUCGGACGUAGUGCGAAUUCGUUUGUUCGUUGAUUUAGUUUUUUAUUAAUAAUAAUUGCACAAGAUUUUACACCAAUUCCCUGUGUCGUAAUGUGAACUUAAUUAAACGGCUUGCGAGACUAUGCGGUUGAUUAAUGCGUUUAUACUAGACUACUACAAUGUAUGGGUCUAUACUAGUUAUAAUAUUAAAGUGGUAGAUAUUUUUAUUACAUACUUACCUAUAAAUCUAAUCAGAGUAAUUAAAUACUUUUUCUCAAA